GUGCAAACUCCGUCUAUCCUAGUUGGAGCGCACGCCCUCACAUCUUGUUGUGGUUAUUCUUUGCUAGCCUCAAAUGUUAGCUAGCUAGCUAUCAUUGUUCCUCACUGGGAACGACACAUUUAGACAGCGUUUUUAUAUAAACAAAUUGCUAUACUUACUAUCGAAGAUUAAUAAGACAGCCGAUUGAUUCAAAUGAUAGCCCUUCUCUCUAUUCAAAGGUACAGUAGGUAAGUUAGCUAGCUAGCUAGAUUGGUAAAUCUUAUGUAGCUAGCUAAAAAAUUUCCACUAACGUUAUUUCUGACAUUCGCUACAGUAGCUAGCUAGCCAUCCCAUAUAUGAAUGUAUCUAGCGUAUGUUAUGCCAGCUAGCUUGUAUUCAUGUUUUCAUGGCAACCUUGCUGCGCUAACGUUGCUUGCUAGGUUACUAACGUUAGCUAGCCAUCAUUGUUUACAUUUCUUAGUCAAGGUUACUUCGUUUAUACAACAUGUAGUGUAGCUAUGCAAUUUUAUUGACCUGACUACGAACUUAGUCACCCACGGAUGACUGACACACCAAGGCAGCCAGCUCUCUUUGACAGCAUUCGAAAACAUACCUAGCAAACCUGUUGACAACAAUACAUUACUGAUGUAAGGUAGGUUUUCGAGGGAGUUUGUAUAAUUUUUUAUUGUGGUUUCUACAACAUGAGGUUUUACAUGGUAUUCUACAUGAAGUUGAUCAAUAUGGUAGUAAUAGGCCUGGCACUGGUGUUUAUUCAACUGCUGUAGUUAUAUUGAGUACCGGUAAAUAUGAUCUCCUGCAAGCGGCAUUUCUUUUGUGGCAGACAUAUAUGACUCAAGCUGCCUCUUUGAUCUUGUCCUAUAGGAUGACACGGAAGCUAACUGCAGCCCCGGAAAGAUGACCUGCACCGCCCUAGGGCAUGGUCAGGAUGGGGCCAGAUGUGCCCUUGCUCAAUGAAUACAAGCAGGAGUUCUUCUGGAAGCGCUUCCCUCAGACGGUGCUUGGGGGUCCGCACUUCAAGUUGGGCUACUGCGCCCCGCCUUAUGUCUAUGUCAACCAGGCGGUCUUGUUCUUGACACCAUGGUUGUUGGGUGGCAUUGGCACGCUGCUGUGCCAGCUGCAGCUGCUGGAGGAGCUCCACGCUGCCGUGCUGUCUGGUAUGCUCAUGCUGGGAGCAGCAGUGGGUGUCCAGGCCCUGGCGCUGUAUGCUGCCCGCAGGAAUGGCACGGUGGAGAGGUUGGGAGUGCCCAACAUCCUGGCUAACGAGGAGGAGGUGGAGUUCACCCACUGUGUAGGCCCAGAGACGGUGAGGUUCAUCGCCCCGGGGAAGAGGUUUGGGCUGAACGUGGUGCUCCACACCAUGCUGGCGGGGGCCCUCUGUGGCCUGGGGACAUGGUAUGUGCUCCUCGGCAGGUUGACUGCACUCUACGGCAGUGUGGGUGUAGCCUUGGUGGUCUUUGUCCUGAGCUGGGUGACCCUGUGUACGGCAGAGUACUCCCUUAUCGUCAACACGGCCACAGAGACGGCCACAUUCCAGGCACAGGACACCUAUGAGAUCACCCCACUCAUGCGACCACUCUACAUAUUAACUUUCAUAGCUGUGGACCUUGCUGAUAGGUAAGAAAUAACUAAAUUGGUCUCAAUGACUGUUUUGAAACGUAUUAUGGAUAUAUUUUGAUAGGAUAGGAUUGUUCACAUUUUGUGACUCUUUGCUUCUUGUUUUUUCAAUGCUUGUGUCCAGAUUUACAGAUCCAGUGCCAGAGCUCCAGCUAACCAGUCAGGUUCUUCAUGUGGUGUUCCUGGUCCUACCUCUGCUGUGGGCGCUGGGCAUGCUGUCACCCCUGGAUGCCCUCCUCCUUUGGGGCAUGGAGCAGGCUCUGGUGUUCGGUUUGGGCGGCUCUCCCAUGUCCAGUAACCUUAGGUAUAUUUAGCUUACUACAUCAAUUGUUUUUUGUCAACGUUUAGAUGCUGUCUGAUUAUACUUAAGUUACUGAUGUAGUUCCCUGAGCUCUUUACCAUAUGCCUGUUUCCUUGGCCUGUGUGAGCUCCUCUGACUCUGUGCUCUCUGUCCUUCCUAAAGGUUGCUGGGGAUGUUCGCCAUGUCUGUAUGUGUCACUGUUUGUACCUUCUUCAUCCCGUCCACCUUGGGUGUGGUCUUCUUCUCCAUGGCCAUGGGGUUUCUGCUUAGUUUAGAUCUCAGCCAAUUUGGGGCACAUUGUAGAGGAGGGUCCAGGGGGGCCCACGGUGACAGUGGAUGGCGUAGGGGGACAUCCCCUGCCCCUCCCCGCUGGUUUGGCUGGCAACUGGGCUGCAGGGAGAUGCUGCUCUACCUGGGGCUGCUGCUGGGGGCCAUGGCUGAGGCAGGGCUCUUACAUCACUUCCUCAGUCCCUCCCAGCCCCAGAACCUGGCCAGAGGACCUCAAGCUGCUGUCAGCUACCUCCUCCUCAUCCUCUUCAUCAUCUGCUGGGCUCUGGGAGAGAUCCAGGGAGCCUAUGUCUUUGGAGGAGUGUUCCUCAACCCACUGUACCCAAGAGGAAUGGCCAAUGUCCGGGUGUUCAAGCAGCAGGGCAGGGGUCUCCACGUGGCUGGGGCCAUCAGGAGGGUGCUGCUCAAUCUGGGUGAGCUCACCUUGCAAUAUAGUAUUGCUUUGUCAUUACUGAAACAUACUAUUCAUGCAUCUUAAUACAUUAUAUUUAACAGUGACUUUGUAUUUUACAUUGCAGUAUCUCCCUUUGCAAUGAUUGCUUUCCUGACGCUGGAUGGCUCUGUUCAGCAGCUCCACACAGCCUCUCUCAGUGUGGGAUUCACCCGGGCCUUCAGAGUGGUACACAUGGAUUAUUUUAUGGAUAACCUAAGCAUGUACUAUAUAUCAAUCAACCAGAGUUUCUCUCCAGUGACCUCAUGACCAUUCAUCCUCAGACUGUUAUCAAUAUGAUUUAGGUAAUGUUGAUUUGAGUUGUGGGUCUCUGUGUUGUGCAGGUGUGGCAGAGCUCUGAGGAGGCCCUGUUCCAGAUGGUGGUGGUGGUGUCAGUGAGGCUGGCUGCAGGGGACACCAGACUGCCUGGGUGGGACAGUCUGGGCAUAGGGGUCCAGCUCCUUCUGGUAACAACACAUUUCAGCAUUCAUGACAUAGGCAUGAUAUUUUUCUGGAAAAAUAUUUAAAGUUAAACAUUGAAAUUGAAGUCCUGGUUAAAUCCCAAAAGCACAACGUUUUUGUCUUUCACUGGCCAACCCAGGUGGGCCUGCUGAGUGAUAGGCUACUCCAGUUCCUGUCCAAGCUGAAGUUUGCCCUGGCCGUGCUGGUGACCUCCUGGACAGAGAAGAAACAGCGGCGCCAGUCGGCCGGGACCCUUCUGGCCCUGAACGCCUCCCUGUGUCCUCUGCUGCUCUCUGUGGUGUUCCUGUCAGCCAUGCUCUCUGCUCCUCUGCUGCCCCUCUUCACCCUUCCCAUCUUCCUGGUGGGCUUCCCCAGGCCUCAGCGUAGUUGGCCUGGGCCAGUGGGCACCGCCUGCCCCUGUCCAGACUCCAUCUAUUACCAGCAGAUGAGUGGGAGCCUGGCCUGUGCUCUGAGGAGCGCCUUCGCCAGGGGAUCACUUGGUUAGUGGGUCUCAUUCUUUAGUUUUCUCCCUCUCAGUUUCUCUCUAUAUGUUUCUUCUUUUCCUUUUCUUCCAUUCAUUGGUGAACAGUGUUUUCCACUAGCGCUGGCUGUCGGCUAAACAGCCGAUUACAGACUCAUUUUCAGCCGGCUACUUUUUCCACUUGAAUUAACUAGGCUACUUUUCAAUUCGCUAGUCAGAAAAAAAAGUCAGACGAGCUACAAUGAACGAUAUGCAUCUUCUAGCAAUCUCUAUUGAUAGGACAGGCGCCUGUCAGUCACAAAGCGAGCGACAACAGGGAAACAAUGCUGGUUUGACAGUCUGCUGUGGGCAGUGUGAUUUGUGUGCGCUGUGGUUCGGUUGGUUGCCGUCAAAUGUAUUUACACGGAGGAAGGGGAGAGCAUUAUGCUUUGAGUGAAUUUCAGGGCUCUACAAUGUGACCAUUAUACUCAUAUAUGCUCCUAAAAGUAGAUGUGUGUGAACCGAAAAAGUAGGUUAAACUAUGAGCACGUGCGAGUUGUUGUCGAGGCACAGAUCUGGGGAAGGGUUCCCAAACAUUUCUGCAGCAUUGAAGGUCUGUGGAGAUGGGAGAACCUUCCAGAAAGACAACCAUCUCUGCAGCACUCCACCAAUCAGGCCUUUAUGGUGGAGUGGCCAGACGGAAGCCACUCCUCAGUAAAAGGCACAUGACAGCCCGCUUGGAGUUAGCCAAAAAGCACUUAAAGGACUCUGACCAUGAGAAACAAAAUUCUCUGGUCGGAUGAAACCAAGAUCGAACUCUUUGGUCUGAAUGCCAAGCAUCACAUCUGGAGGAAACCAGGCACCGCUCAUCACCUGGCCAAUAACAUCCCUACGGCAAAGCAUGGUGGUGGCAGCAUCAGAGCGCUCCGGACCUCAGACUGGGGCGAAGGUUCACCUUCCAACAAGACUUAGACCCUAAGCACACAUAGGAAUGCCAAGCUUGUGGUGUAAUACCCAAGAAGACUUGAUGCUGUAAUCGCUACAAAAGGUGCUUCAACAAAGUACUGCAUAAAGGGUCUGAAUAUUUAUGUAAAUGUUAUAUUUCAGUUUUUUUUAUUUUAUAAAUUUGCCCAAAAAUCUAAAAACCUGUUUAUGCUUUGUCAUUAUGGGGUAUUGUGGGUAGAUUUAUGAUUUUUUUUUUAAAUCAGUGCAGUUUAGAAUAAGGCCGUAACGUAACAAAAUGUGGAAAAAGUGAAGUGGUCUGAAUACUUUCCGAAUGCACUGUAGUUCGGCAAACACUUCGAACCGGGGAGGCCUGGCUGGUUACUUUUUCUAUUUGGCUGGCGACUCCAGGUACUUGUGGAAAACACUGGGUGAAGUGAAAGUACUUUGAUAUAACUGUUUAAUAAUUUAUAGACAUUACUUUGUGUGAAAGUAAUGUAGCUUAUGCAAUUGUAUGCAAUCCUUAAAGUUUCUUUGGGGACAUAAUAUAUCAUGGAACAUAAUGUAAUAAUAUAACUAAUGAACUAUAAGUGGGUGUGUGGGGACCGCAUUCAGGGUCAUUAAAGAUGUACAAUGUAUGAAAUGAUAAUGGUGAGGUAAACAUUACAUUUGCACCGGCAGUAACGUUGUCAGACUCCCUUAUUGUUUUUUUACCCAAUAAAUUACUGUGAGUUUAUACAUAGUGUGCAAUCAAUUUAUUUAUUUUUAUACUUCCUUAUUCACCCACACUUUACAGUAUACAUUACAUACUGCAUUAGGUGUUGGGCAUAUGUUUUCAGUUAACUCUUUCCCCUAUUGUUGGGAGAAGAAGCCAUUCAUUUUCCAACCACUAGCAGUAAGAACAGAACACCGUAGUGCACUCAGGGUGUUAAUAGAGCGCCAGCUCCGUGUGCUCAUGUUUUUUUUAACUUACUUUGUAUGUUGAUUCAUAAUCGCAGUCCGCUGUGAACUUUUAGAUUGGUCGAACAGGGACUAUAUGCAGAUGAAAGAGCCGGGUGGGGGGAGCCUCUUAUGGUUUCAUAUUAAGAGGAAUGUUGUUGUUGUUGUCGCUCAGUAGAGCCACUGGCAGUAAUGUAAGCUUGCAGGAUCCAGUUGUGCUUCCCGAGAAGUGACCUGAACAAAAUCGCUCUGAUCUGUAUUCAUUACAUCCAAAUGUUUCCACACCAUUAACCUCAUAAUACUCUUAAGCCAGCUGGAGCCGCUUCAAAAAAUUGGUUCAGUGCUCUAUUUGCUGUCAGGAGGGGGCAAGGAAAAGACUGAGCAAGUACAAGCUUAAUUAUUUAUGGAUUGACGACUCAAAACAGACAGAAAAAACUGCUAUAGUGAUGUCAUCACUCCAACUUAUUGUUUUCUUGGCUAGCUGGGGGUGCCUGAGCUGUGAUCUAUCAUUUAGGCUAAGUGCUUGUUGGGCAUGAUAUACCCAGCAGAAAGAGAGGAGAGUUUGUAAUGUAGUGUUCUGUUUUUUUCCUUUGCCCCCUCUGUGACAUUGGGGGCUGUGCAUCAGUGAGCAUUGAGCGGGAGCGGAGAACGCACAGCGUGUCAUUUCCCAUCACGAGGCGGCGUCUGUGACUAUUCCGAGACGCCGCUUUAGGAUAUGACAUUAUCCUUGAGCCAUGAGAACACUAGUCAAACUUGAAACGAAAGCAACCAUCGCUCUGCCACUACCAUUUCACUAAAAACGUCUGUCCGCUCUCCCCUCUGUCGAACAAAAAUGAAAGGCCCCCCUUGUACAAAUUCCCCAAGUCUACUCCCAUGAGAGGAAUUCAUGUUUAGAGACUAAUGGAAAGCCGAGGAAGAGAAGGAAUUCAAUAUUUAGAUCUCUGUGCAGUCAGCCAGUUUAAACUGUAUCAUGACCUUCCUCUACAACUGAAAUGGUAAGUUCAUCCGACAGCCAAGUUAUCCACAGCCGAAAGACUCACUACUGAUGCAAAAUGAAAGGGUUGUGUGACCAGGGGGAACUUAUCUAUGUAUAUGAUGUAUGUACUCCAAGCUUUCUCAUCUCCAGACCACAGAGGACAGCAUCUCUCUUGACUGCAUGUCCUAUAAUAAUAAUUUACCACUGGGAUGACUGUGACCAAAUAUAACACCCAAAUAUAACACCACUCAAAGGCUGCGAUGAGAAUAUGCUAUGAAUCGAGACGAGGUGUAAUGGAAUCGGCCUUAUCAGAAAUCUUAGCUGCGGAUAAGUGAAUGAAGAAGCUGAUAGGCCUACAUUUGUUUUCUUUCCUCCCCUCUGAAGGUUCUCUGGCUCCUGGCUCCCACUUCCUGGGUCGCUUCCAGGACCGAAUGGUUUGGAUCAUGAUCUUGGAGAGAGGAUAUGGCUACUGCACUGUCAACAUCAAGGUACUGGUUCAUUAAUGGUUGUUAUGUGUUUGAAUCACUCAUUUGUGGUGAACUCAUUUGACCGUUUUGUUUCAGGGUCUGGAGCUGCAGGAGACAUCGUGCCACACGGUGGAGGCUCGGAGAGUGGAUGAGGUGUUUGAGGGGGCCUUUGAGCGCCCUGAGUGGCUUGGUCUCAACCAGGGGUUAAACCUGCACUGGGGUAACGCCCUCACCCCAUGUGCUGCCCUGCCUGUGCGUGUCUACUCCGACGCCCGCAAUGUGCUUUCGGGCAUCAUUGACUCGCAUGACAACCUGAGGAAGCUCCAGGCUGACUUCCUGAAGGCCCUGGUGUGGCUGCUGCUGAGGAACUGUGUCCAGAGACAUAAGACCUUUACCUGGGGCACUGAGGAGGGGACAGGGGGCAAGGGAAGGAAGUCCCAGUCCUCCCAUUUUGGCCAGUCAACUGUCACCCAGCCUGCAGAGGCUGUCAUGGUGGAGUCUGUCUCCUCUCUCAAGUUUAGACGGGACAGCUCCAGUUUGACCUCCUUCGGUGUCUGGUCAGAUGAGGAUGACCUGUUUGGGCCUCAGCCAGCCAGGAGGACGGUGGUGCUGGUAAGUACGGAGGCCCAGCUGGGACAAACAGUGCUCCACACUGGCCCUUCACUGCCAGGCUCUGUGGAGAUGGACAGUCUGUUUGAGAACAUGGCCCUCUCGUCCCUCCAGCCCCUGGGUUUGGGUCUGGGGCUCCCAGCUGUGGAUAAGGGCAGGAACCCUGAAGUACCCCCCACAGAGUCCUCCGGCACCUUGGCCCAUGCAAACUUCAGCUGCCCCCACACUGAGCUGUUCAGCCUGCCCCCUGGGUGGAGGACAGCCCCCUUGUUACCAUCCCGGUUGCAGCAGCUCAAGCCUUUGUUCCCUGAGGAGUGGUUUCGGUUCACUCUGGGGCAGUUGGCGCUGUCCAUUCAGGACGAGGCUUCAGAAGAUGUGACCAGAGCUCUGAAGGAGGAUGGGGGGCUGAAGGACCUCCAUGCCCAGGUGGCCCUGUCAUGCCUCAUCUCCCUGGGGGCAGAGUCUGCCUUCACCAGCCCCAGCUAUGUCUAUAGGGUCUACUGUGGGGACAUGCCUUGGACAGAGGGGCUGGAGUGGCUCUCUGAAAACAAAGAACUUUACCAGCUUGCACUUAAGGCUUUCAGGUAAAGAGGGCAGGGGUGAAACAUGGGUGUAGUUUGUACCCAACAUAGGGGAUCUAAAACGUGUAUACUGGAUGUGUGUUAUAAAUAUUCAAUGUUGCUAUCCAAAGUUUGUCCCUGUAACUCUGAUCUAUUUACCUGCAGGUACAGUUUCAAGCUGCUGUUUGAUCAGGCAAGUCUGGGGCCUAUGGAGAGUCUUGAGGAGCUGUUCAGCACCCUGGAGGAGUAUGAGAGGGACUGGUACAUCGGUCUGGUGGCUGAGAGAGGCUGGCAGGACAGCGUCCUACAGGAGAAACCCUUCCUCUUCUCACUGGGCCAUGACCUCACCAUGGUAACCAAACUCACCACACUACACCUGUGUUUCUGUUACUUUACUAACUCACAGUGCUCUCACUAUAGUAACCCAACAUACACUUGAAAUCUAGAUGAACUAUGAAGAUUGCUUAAAAAUUAUGGUUUCUGUUUGUCUAGAGUGUAUUGUGUGGUCUUUGGGGUGUGUGUAUUUUAAACUGAGCUAGUGGUCAGUACAGUAAGUGACCUCUACCUGCCUGUCUCUGUUGCCACAGGGCACUUACACAGGGCGGGUUCUGUCCCUGCAGGAGCAGCUGGUUCAGGUAGGCCGUCUGAACGGGGAGGGGGUGCGUGGCCAGUGGGCAAACCUGUCCUGGGAGCUGCUCUACGCCACCAACGAUGACGAGGAGCGCUACAGCAUCCAGGCCCACCCCAUCAUGCUGAGGAACCUCACUGUCCAGGCAGCCGACCCCCCUCUGGGGUACCCCAUCUAUUCCUCUGUCCCCCUGCACCUCCCCUGCUUCUAA